GAUAAUAAAAAAUUAUAACAGAAGCUGAAGAGGACAUCUGGAGGAGGAAGUGAGAGAUAGACCUUACAGAGGGCUGUGUUUUCACAUUUAUGGGAAUUAGACUUCCGUGACCCAGAUCACAGCAACGUUCACCAUGAGGCAGUCCAUUGAAGCUGAACCAGAGACGCCACCAGGACUCUGCGAGAAUGGCCUGGCUGAAAUACUGGCCACCGUGGUGGAGGAGGUCAGGGUCUCCAUCAGCAGGGAUAUUAGUGGAGCUGAUCUCCUCUACAGUCUCCUCAAUGCUCCUUGGCUCCACUCACUGCUCAAGGUAUAUGAGUGUCUCCAGCAGUACAUCCGACACACUCCCAGGCCCUUCCUCUCCUUCGCCUCCGGAAUCUCCCAGGAGGUGAUGGCCGAACUGAGACGUGUACCCUCCCCGUCCCCUGCGGCCAGGGAACUCUACAGACUGCUGAGGGACGCCCACCUACAGGCGCUUCUCUCAGCCCACGACACUGUGGCCCAGAAGGACUACGACCCGGUUCUGCCACCCCUCCCGGACAACCUGCCUGAGGAUGAGGAAGCCAUGAGGAUCGUGUGCCUGGUCAAGAACAAACAACCCCUGGGAGCAACGAUAAGGAGGAAUGAGGCGACAGGUGAAAUCUUCAUAGCGAGGGUGAUACAUGGCGGGCUGGCGGAUCGUAGUGGUCUGCUGUAUGCAGGGGACAAGUUGGUGGAGGUGAACGGCCAGUCCGUCGAAGGGCUACAGCCUGAGCAGGUCAUACAGAUCCUGGCACGCUCCCAUGGUACCAUCAUGUUCAAAGUGGUGCCCAUCUCCGACCGGCCAGUCAACAGUCAGACAACGCUGUAUGUGCGGGCGAUGUCGGACUACAGUCCCCAGCAGGACCCGGCCAUCCCCUGCGCCGAUGCCGGGAUGAGCUUCCGGAAGGGUGACGUGCUGGAGAUCGUGGACCAGACGGACGUGCUCUGGUGGCAGGCCAGGAAACUGCCCAGCACUUCGGCCUGUGCUGGCCUCGUCCCCUCCACCAGCCUGCUGAAGAGGAAACAGAGAGAGUUCUGGUGGUCACAGCCUUUCCAGCCCCACACCUGCAUCACAACCUUGAGCACUGUUGAUGAAGAAGAAGACAUGAUGGCUAUUGAUGACAAGUGUGUAGAAACAGAUGAAGAAACUUUUGAAUCUGAGGAGCUCAGGGAAGAGGAGGGUGAAUUCAGCAGCAACGUCGAGGGCAUAUAUCUCGCGGGGUUCCGGCGCAGCCUGCGACUGUGUCGGAAGAAGUCCCACAGCAGCCCCCAGCAGCUCUGCCACUCUCGCUGUGCCAGCAGCUGCUUCAGCUCCAUGGCCAGCCCCUACGAGGAGGUGGUACGCUACCAGCGCCACCCGCAGGACACACACCGCCUCAUCGCCCUCAUGGGCCCUUCUGGCGUAGGGGUGAAUGAGCUUCGCAGAAGACUGAUCGAAAUCAACCCCAAGGUCUUCCACGGGGCAGUGCCACACACAACAAGACCACCAAAGGUCUAUGAGGAGUCUGGAAGAGAAUAUCACUUCAUCAGCAAAGAGCUGUUUGAGAACAUGGUGUACAAUUGCAGGUUCCUGGAAUAUGGAGAGUACAAGGGUUACCUGUAUGGCACCAGCAUCGAUGCCGUCAAGGACGUGCUGAACAGUGGAAAGAUCUGUGUGAUCGACAUUGAGCCGCAUGCUAUCCAGUCUGUGAGGACGCAUGAACUCAAGGCCUACAUCAUCUUCGUGAAGCCUCCCAGCAUCGCCCGUAUGAAGCAGACCAGGAAGAAUGCCCAAAUUAUCACCAAUUACUACGUCAACCGGCCUUUCAAAGAUGAAGACUUUCAGGAGAUGGAAGAGGCAGCGAAGAAGAUGGAGUCUCAGUACUGUCAGUAUUUCGACCAUGUGAUCGUGAAUGACGGGCUGCAGGACGCGUGUGUGCAGCUGCUCACCAUCGUGCGACGGGCCCAGGACGAACCCCAGUGGGUCCCCACCAGCUGGCUCCGUCCUACUGACAAGUCCUGAGACAUGGAAGAGGAGGAGAGGACAGAGAGAAGAGGAGGAUCCGAGGGAGUACGAGGGGAUGGAGGACAGUUGAUAGACGAGAGAGAAAUGCAAAGAGGGAAACACAGGUGAGAGAGUGUAUUUUGGUGGAGGGAAACAGGAGAGAGCAAAGCAAUAAUGCUGGGUAAUGGAGAAAGGAAUUCUGGGAAAAGAGACAGAGGCAUGUAGACAGCGAGAGGAAAAACAUUAUAUUCUCAGGGGUACAGCUCAGGUCAGCUGUGUGUCUGGUUCUGAUAGUCAGCUGCAGAACUCGAAACAAAAAACGAUGAAGCCCAAAGACAGCUCCCUUUGCUGGUGUAGUGUGCUGAACAUAGAACAUUUUUUCCCACCAGACAGUCUUGGAUUUUUCAUUUUUUCUGUCUGUCAGUGUAGGAAUAUUUUGUAAAAAAAAUAUUUAUCAGUCCAAUAACUAGAAACC